GCGGUGAAUAAAUACCUCUGUGUCGCUUCUGACCUCACAUUGCUUUGUGAAGUUUGUGUUCAAAAAGCAUCAUGCCUGAACCAGCAAAGUCCGCGCCUAAGAAGGGCUCCAAGAAGGCCGUCACGAAGACCGCCGGUAAGGGAGGAAAGAAGCGCAAGAGGUCCAGGAAGGAGAGCUACGCUAUCUACGUCUACAAAGUCCUGAAGCAGGUUCAUCCUGACACCGGCAUCUCUUCCAAGGCGAUGGGCAUCAUGAACUCUUUCGUCAACGACAUCUUCGAGCGCAUCGCCGGUGAGUCGUCUCGUCUCGCUCACUACAACAAGCGCUCCACCAUCACUUCUAGAGAGAUCCAGACCGCCGUGCGUCUGCUGCUGCCCGGAGAGCUGGCCAAACACGCCGUGUCCGAGGGCACCAAGGCCGUCACCAAGUACACCAGCUCCAAGUAGAGAUUCAACCGAGACUCUCAGCGACCCAAAGGCUCUUUUAAGAGCCACCCAACUUUUCCUUUAAAGAGCUUCUGUUGUUUGUAUCGAAAAAUCGAGUUAGAAAUCCUGUACUUGUAUUGCUGUUAAAACACUUCAACACUUCAAUACUUGAUCUCAUUAGUAACUGUUGCUCCAUCAUGAGAAAUCAAGUUUACUAUAUGCAUUUACAAAGCAUGUGAUUAUAAGGUUCAUUAUUAUAGACUGGAGCAUUUGGGUCUAGUUAAGUUGACUUCUGAUUGAUUUUUAUAGUCUACACUAAUAAUACAGUUUAGUGACAUUGACUUGUCAGGAGGGUGUUUUUACAAUAAAGUCUAAUAUUUUAGUCUUUGUAUUUCUCAUUGUCAGUUUAUUAUGGACUAAUGCCCUGUAGCUGUCUGAAAAUAUUUAUUAAAAAAGUAUUUUUUAA